UUGGUGGAAAGCUGGCUAAAAAUAAAACUCAACUUCAAGUGGGUCGACUUCGAGUACGACUCAUUCACACACACAAACAUUUCUUACUUUCUCUCUCUUCUCUUCGCUAAUUAAGAAAAUUGUUUAAGCGAAGCCGUACCCAGCAAAACAAAACAAAAAAAAAAAACUAGAUCUGCAGCGACGCGGCUCAAUCUCGGCUCAGAUCCACUACACGCCGCCGAUCUUUCUUCUCCCUCCAUUUUCCUCGAUCGCCAAAAUUGAAUUUCUCAGAGUAUUUCUUUUUCAUGAAUUCCCAAUUUCCAUUUUCAAACAUGGAUCCUGUAAACAUUGGACUUGGUUGUUCAGAAAAGACAAUUCCUGUUACUUCUUCUUCAAUCAAGCCAAAAAAGAAAACAAUGACUUCAGUUUAUUUGAAGUUUUUUGAGACUGCUACUGAUGGCAAGACUAGGAGAUGCAAGUUUUGUGGACAGACCUAUUCCAUUGCAACUGCCACAGGCAAUUUGGGUAGGCAUCUUGCUAAUCGCCAUCCGGGCUACGAUAAAGAAGGGGAAGCUGUAAGCAAUUUGGUAACUCGGCCCAAUGGCGUUGUGAUCAAGAAAUUUCAGGCUCGAGGAAAAUCAAACCAGGUGGAUUAUGAUCAUCUAAAUUGGUUACUUGUUAGGUGGCUUGUUUUAGCUUCUCUCCCUCCUUCAACUCUAGAAGAAAAGUGGCUUGUAAAUUCUUACAAGUUUCUAAACCCGUCUAUACAAAUUUGGCCUAGUGACAAGUACAGAACUGUACUUGAUGAAGUUUUCAGUAGCAUGAGGGAAGAUGUAAGAGCAUUGUUAGAACAGGUUUCUUUUAAGUUCUCCAUCACACUUGAUUUCUGGACUUCCUUUGAACAGAACUUCUAUAUGAGUGUAACAUGUCAGUGGAUUGAUGAAGACUGGUGCUUCGAGAAGUUGCUUCUUGACGUCUGUCGCAUACCAUAUCCAUGUGGGGGUGCAGAAAUCUAUCGUUGCCUCAUAAAAGUUCUUAAGUUUUACAAUAUUGAAAGCAGAAUCCUGUCAUGUACCCACGAUAAUAGUUCAAGUGCCAUGCAUGCUUGCCAUACUUUGAAAGAGGACUUCGAUGGUCAGAAAAUAGGACCAUUCUGUUAUAUACCUUGCGCUGCUCAAACUUUGAACCUGAUAAUAGAUGAUGGGUUGAGAUCUGGAAAACAAGUAAUUUCAAAGAUCAGAGAAUUUGCAAUGGAGUUAAAUGCAUCACCGGUAAUCUCUGACGAUUUUAUUCAAAUUUCUACCGCUUAUCAAGAAGGUACUUGGAAAUUUCCUCUUGAUGUUUCAGCAAGGUGGAGUGGAAACUACCAAAUGCUUGAUCUUGUUCGUAAGGCUGGUAAAUCAGUGGAUGCGAUUAUUCGUAAAUAUGAAGAGACACUAGGCCGUAGGAUACUGCUGAGUCCUUCUGAUAAAAGUGUCGUUAACAUCAUGCAUCAAUAUCUCGAGCCAUUCUACAAGACCACAAACGACAUCUGCACAAGCAAGGUGCCAACGAUUGGGCUUGUCCUUUUCUUCAUGGAUCACAUCUCAGAAACAAUUGCUACCUGCAAAGAAUCACGUCCCAGUCCAGAAUGGCUAAAAAGUGCCGCAGAAGAAAUGGCUAAAAAGGCUAGAAAUUAUACUAAUCAGGUUUGCAACAUAUUUACAUAUAUGACAGCUAUUCUAGAUCCUCGAAUAAAGGGAGAUUUGAUCCCGGAUAGUUUAAACUCGCAAAGUUAUCUGGAGGAAGCAAGGUCACAUUUUAUAAGAAACUAUUCUAUUAACCAUUUCUCCUCACUAAGUUCUGGUUACAAUGGACAAGAAAUUGAAGAUGGAGGAAAUGUUUCCUUUGCCGAGGAAAUAGCUCGCAAAAAACGUAGGACAAACAUGAGCUCUGCCACUGAUGAGCUUACACAGUACUUGUCAGAGGCUCCAGCUCCAAUAGCAACGGAUGUUCUGGAGUGGUGGAAGGUAAACAGUACACGCUACCCUCGAUUGUCUGUGAUGGCUAGAGAUUUCUUGGCUGUGCAAGCAACCUCAGUAGUGCCUGAGGAACUUUUCUGCGGCAAGGGUGAUGAAAUUGACAAGCAACGAUUUUGUAUGCAGAAUGAUAGCACACAAGCUGUUCUUUGUAUCAAGUCAUGGAUUCAGGUCGGAAUCAAGUUUAAGUAUAAAUCGACGGAGAUAGACUAUGAGAGGUUGAUGGAACUAGCAGCUGCUUCUGCAACACAUAAUAAUAGCCUUUCAAAUUCUGAGAAGAAGCAAAAAUAGUGAUAGAGGUUAUGUCUCUUGUAGAUAAUUAUUUAUAUACCACAUUUUGUUAAAUGUUCAUGUUGGAUUUAUUUUCGAUAAAAUGUGUAUAAUAUCGUUGCAAGUCCUUAUGUUAUCAGUAUUAGAUGGAUGAAAAUUAAAUGUUCUACGUACUAU